AAUGUGUGAAAAUAAAACAAAAUGAAUUUUCAGUUGUAUAAGAAAAUGAAGGUGAAGAAGAAAAGAGACGUAACGAAAAAUAUAUUUAAAAAAACAUACCUGAAAGUAUAUAUAUAAAAAGAAUAACAUGAUAACUGAAUUAAUAUAUUUAUAAUUAAUUACAAGCACUGGAAGAGAAAGAUGAAAAAUAUAACCAAUUAGAUUUAAAAAGAGAAUUAAGAAAACAUAUAACUAAAAAAGUUCUUGAGUAACAAACAGAGAAAGAUAUAUAAGUAGAGAUAGGGUGUAGAAGAGACGAAAGGUAGACUACAAUAGUUGUAACAACUCUCUCCGUAUAGUGACAGUAAUUGUUAAAUAGAUGAAAUAAUUCGCCUUCAAUUUCCCUCCCUCUCCUUCAAGUGUGUUGCAGAAGAAAAAUAUUACAACAGUGUUCAACAUACACGUUGCAUUCUGCCACACCUCUCUCUCUCUCUCUCUCUCUCUCUCUUUCUCUCUCUCUGUACUAGCGAAAGAUUUCUGUCAGUUGCCAACAGAUUACUCCCACAACAAGUGGUCCUGUGUAUGCUGCGUCGAGACACACUAUAACACCUUAAUAUAGCACGGUGCGCUCACUUAUUAGUCUAUUAAGAUACUAUCCAAAACCACAUAUAGAUACGAUUCAAGCCGCACGUAGAAAUUAUCAUGAAUCGCCGAACACAAAAAAUUGUCAACAUAUGCGAUGCGUAGGUGUUGUUUACUGAAACGGCCAUCGUUAGUCUAACUGUAAAUUCCGUUCCAUGUGUUAGACGGCCAAGCUUUACUACAUCAUCACCGGCACUAAGAUUUUCAUCGCUCACUAUGUCACGGGCUUUAUUUUUAUCAACACUUCAGGCACUAAAAAAUGUUAAAGAGAACCUUUACGUCCAGUACAUUGGUAUUAACCUUGCAAAUAUAUCUAAACUACCUCCUGGAUAUACUAAGGUUCGAGAGAAGAAAUCGCGACUUGAAAUGCUACAAAUCACAGCCGCUGUUUGCGGGAUAGAACUUUGCUAUGCUGCCGAAACCGCUUUUGUAAGUCCCGUUCUUCUGAAGCUGGGUGUCCCAGUUACAUACAUGACGUGGGUAUGGUGCCUCAGUCCACUUUUAGGUUUCUUUUUGGUACCAAUUUUCGGAUCAAUGAGUGAUAGAUGUAAAUUACGUCUUGGUAGAAGACGACCGUUUAUUCUUAUGAUGUCUGCCGGCAUAAUCGUUGGUUUGGUCUUAAUUCCGAAUGGCGAAUACUUUGGAAUAUUAGCUGGUGACCAACCGCCUAUCAGUGAUUACAGAGAUAACAUAAAUGGAACGUUAUUGUAUACGAACUAUGCAAGCAAUUCGACAGUUGUGUCUAUAGCUUCAUUUCCGAGACAACAUAUAGCAUACCGAGGUAUAAUCUUAACUAUAGUCGGUGUUAUAUUAUUAGAUUUUAACUGCGACGCAUGUCAAUCACCUUCUCGGUCAUACUUACUCGAUGUUACUCUUCCGGAAGAACACAAUACCGGUAUAACAACUUUUACCAUUAUGGCCGGACUCGGGGGUAGUGUUGGAUAUAUCAUGGGUGGUAUAGACUGGAAUACCCAAGCAUUAGGAAGCGCAUUCGAAGGACACGUUAGAACCGUUUUCAUGGUUGUUUUAGGCAUUUUCAUUCCAUGUGUUUUAUUAACGGUAACCAGCAGCAAAGAAAUACCUUUGGAAGAAUUAGAUAUCAAUGUUGAAAAAUAUCAGAAGAAAAAGAAAAAAGUAGGAAAAUCGAAAUAUGAGAAAUUUGAUAAUGAAAGCGAUACCAGCGAUGAAAAAGAAAGUGAUCAUAUUCCAUCGUAUGACUCUCUUGGAAGUUCUGAAACCGAAAAAAACCCAGCUCAAAAUAAUGAGCAGAGACACGAUUCCAAUGAGAGAACAGAGACUGAAAAACGUGAAGAUAAGGAAAUGACUUACGAACAAAUAAAACAACCCGUUGAUGCAAAAAUGGAUAUCAAACAGAACGAAGCUAUACAAAUCUCAACAGAUGUCACAUUGAAAACAUAUCUUCGUUCAAUAAUACAUAUGCCUAAAUCUUUAUCAGUUCUGUGUUUGACCAAUUUGUUCUGUUGGAUGUCUUUGGUUUGCUACUCCCUGUAUUUUACAGACUUUGUGGGCCAGGCGGUAUAUCAAGGGGACCCAAGUGCUCCCAGAGGUAGCAUAAAACAUGAACGAUAUGAUAAAGGGGUACGCCUGGGAUCAUUUGCAAUGUCAUUAUAUUCGCUGUCUUGUGCUAUAUAUUCUUACGUCUUUGAGAGGUUGGUAAAGAAAUUCAAAGCUCGUACCGUGUAUGUUUGUGGACAACUAGCUUAUAGUGUGGGCAUGGUUGUUAUAGCGUUAUCCAGACACCCGAUAACGGUAAUUCUGAUGUCUCCCUCAGCUGGAAUCAUGUACUCUACACUAUUUACGAUGCCUUAUCUCUUGGUGGCACAUUAUCAUACAACAGGACAAUUCACAGAACCGGACCAGAAGAUUCUUACAGAAAAUUCCAAGCAAGUUCGAGGUCUGGGCACCGAUGUUGCACUGAUCAGCAGCAUGGUGUUUGUGGCGCAAUUUCUACUGUCGUCCUGUAUGGGCAGCAUAAUCCAUGUAAGCGGAACUACUGCAGCUGUGAUAGUGGCGGCGGCUGUUCUAAGUCUCUGCGGAGCUUUGACUGCUACUCAAGUCCUCUAUUUGGAUCUCUGACACAUAAAACUUUAUAUGCACACACAAACACAUCCGCAUAUAUACACUGCUAAUACUACUACAACUACUACUACUACUACUACUACUACUACUACUACUAUACAUACACAAACCCACAAAAACAACGCCCCCUGUGUUGAAUUUUGUUGCCUUAGACCCGUUUUAGCUGUCAUAUAUGUGAUACUAAGGAAACUAAUUUACACGAAUGUCUGUCCACCAAUGUCUUUGUGUAGUAACAUCUGGUAGUUAAAUAAUACAAUAUGUUCCACAAGUCGAUCAGAUCUCUAAAUAAUACUUAUAAGACACCCUGCUAUUAAUUCUCUGUUCUCUGUUUUGUUAUAUUUCAUUACACUCGGCUAGAACUGCCGAUUGCCGACGACUAGAUAAGCAGGGUAUAUCCAUCCGACUGCCAACCAUUGCGCUGGCACAUAGCAAUGUCAAUGUCUAAAGCAACUUGCUGCAUAAAGCUAUUUAUAUAAGAUACACAUACAUAUUGUUCGUUUACUUGCAAUGCAAUGUGGUGCAGGUGAGUUCCAGUUAUUUCAAUAACCCGGAAACAUCCGACAUGAACUUAUUUGAUUCUAUUACAUCAACUCUCUUGUAAUUCUGAAGACGCUUACGUUGUAUUAUCACCAGGUGUCUCAUUAGUUGUUGGUCAGUGUUCCUUGCUAUGAUCUACAAUAAUCGAGUGAUUACGGUCGCAGAUUUCUGAAAUGUUAUCAUUAACCAGGGUAUGUAACUUGUUGCAUAUGUGUACGUGUUUAAGAAGCUGUAUGUGAAAUCAAGAAGUUCAUUUAUUUAUUUUUGCUUCGUUUCAUCACUUUUACCUACGCUUGUGUUCUUUUGGUUUUUACCCCUCGUUUCUAGUUUCUAAUCAUCAUUCAUCUACUUAGUUUUUCUUGCCUUUCUUUCUAUUUCUGCAAAAUAUUUUAUAGCAGAUCCACAACCUUCUCUCUCUCUCUCU